AGUCCGUCGCGUAUUUGAAUCCGCGUCGUUUACUUUCCCGGAUUAAGUUCAAUAUUUUGAGCACAUGCAGGACUGGUGAUGUCACGUAAUCAAGAUGUAUCCGUGUCAUCCGGGAGAAAAACUCGGUUCACUCUGUCAUAAGGUCGAUGAAUCCCUCGCGCACGUAUUCUAGUGAAAGUGUGUGUUCGCCUGAACCCCACCCUGAGCUCUCCGCGGAACUCGUGCACGUCGUCCGAGGAAGGGAUGAACACAGGUAUACCCACGUUGCUAAGUAGAUUCGCGACGCGUAGAGCCGAAUCGCGCCAGUGUCUGGACCCAACGUGGACACUUUCGAAUCACGCUGGCCAAAAGUGAGAAGACAUCCGUUAUGGUUGAUCAUAGUCGGUUUAUCACAAUCGGUGCGACAGAACUCGGCGUUACAGUAAUUUAACAUUCAAGAAGAUAUACAGGAAAUUAAAAAUUUUAAAUUAAAUCGAGCCUCAUUUCGUCUCUUCGGUUCUAAAAAUCCGCCGAUUAAAAAGUCCGAUCACGUGGAUACGAGCUGCCGUUUAUUCGGAAAAAAUAUAUCAUUGAACGCGAUUUGAUCCUCAAUUAGCUGCCGUAUAACCGAUCUUCCAUUCUUUACACAUCUCGUUGUCUUUGAGGCACAGCGAUCUUACGUUAUCGUUUAUCAGUAGUGACAUUUCACGACGAUUGAUCAACACGCGAUGCCAGUUAAGUGACUUUGCGGCCUCCUUUCCGCCUUCUUAUCGUGCUCACUAGAGGAGAGAAGGUCCUGUCACGAAAGGGUGAAUCAUAGCAUAGAGAGAAAUGGAGGUCGCGUGGCACCUAAUAUCAAUCUUCUUUUUGAUGGUCAUCCGAGGCGAGCCAUGCACGGAGUACGGGUGUCCAGGACGACCGCAGUACGAGCCCUUCGUCCCUGCGCCUCCAGGACACACCCCCAGCUGCGCGCCACCGGGGCAGACCUUCUGCGAAAAUCUGGACCAUUAUCCUCGACAACUCAUCAAAUUUCUCGCCGACAAAUGCAGCUUUGAUUUUAGCACUGCGUUGCGAGACGAAUCUCGCGACGAUUUCAAUUUUUACAGUUCCCCUCCGAAUUAUAGUCAAGGCUAUGACUAUCCACGACAGGAUGAUGUAUAUCGAUUAUACACGCAGUUAACAGAACAGCCGACUUCGAUGUACGAUCUUCCGUCUAAUAAUAGCCGUCACAAUGGUUAUAAAUAUUCUGUACCGCCGCAACCGCAAAGAAAUCCUUUUCUUCCGGGAGUAGCUCUGAAGUAUCAUCAAAAUAACCCACGACAAAUCGAUUAUAAUUAUCCGCAAGAAUCCUUGUUCAGACAGAAUCAAUCAUGGUUAGCGAACAGAUAUUCACGAAGUGAUAAAAUAGCACCGCGAACUUAUAACGUGAAUCCUUUAUUGGAAUAUGCGAAACUUAAGGACGAUCGUGUUAAGAGACAGUCGAAUCCGGAUGUCAUCGCUCUAUGCCCUACACAAGCGCAAUAUAUCGCUCCCAAGGCUGCUCUAAAUAAUCAAGGCAACUGGAUGUAUGUUGUUAAUCUUCCAGGGCAGAACAAAUAUACGCAGUUGGUCAAAAGCGAAAGAUGCUUGAAUAACGAAUGUAACGGUAUAUGUUCGAUUCCGGAAGGAUAUAGAAGCAAUUGUCAACAACAAUUUGUGCAAAAGAGACUAAUUGCACUCGAAGGAAGCGGUAAUCGACUUUACACCGACGUGUUCUGGUUUCCACACGGCUGCUCGUGCCAGAUUAUACCAAAUUAUUGAAUAUACAACAACAAACUGUCACAUUUAAUGAAUAGGAAUUAUUUUCAAGGGUAAGCUAUAUUAAACGCAAUUAUAUUGUUCUAUUCAUGAUUAUAAUUCGGCAUUCCGUAACGCAGAGUGCGCUUCGCAUCAGCGUUUAAGGUAGGUACCGAUAAUGUAGCGUUCUAGGAACGAUGAUGCGUACUCGAACAAGACUUGAUUCAAUGCACAUUACCAGUGGUGUUAAAGUAGAGAUAGAUAAGCAUUGUCAACAUAUUUACUUAUUGCAGUAAUAAUUAUAAUAUAGAGCAAAUUGCGCAGGCAAUGUGAAUUUAUCCAUAAAAAUAUUAAUUUUUUAACACUGAAUGAUUGUUAGCUAAAAAUAGAUAAAUUCUUCUUUUCCAAAAUGAAAAAUGUCAUUAUUAUUCCAUCAUAUGAUAUUU